GGGCUUGCGUGGACUGCAACUUAACUUGGUUUUGGGAUUCUAGAUGCAGUAGUUCGAAGUUUUUUUUUUUUGGCGCUCGAAGUAGUAGAAGCUGAGUUUUGUAGCUGAGGUUAUGCUGGAUUUGCUCGAGUUUUCUUCUUAUAAUGCAUAACUCGCCGAAUGAAGAUCAGAACAAGCAGGAUCAGAUGAAAAAAACUGAAAUGGAGGACUCUAGUAGAAUGACAAUUGUUUUUCUUCGUGCUCGGUUGCAAUCUGAAAGAUCUGUAUCAAAAACUGCAAGACAAAGAGCUGAUGAAUUGGCUAAAAGGGUGGUGGAGCUGGAGGAACAACUAAAAGCGGUGACUCUUCAAAGAAAGAAAGCUGAGAAAGCAACUGCUGAGAUUCUUGCAGUUUUAGAAAAGCAUGGGUUCAGUGACUUCUCUGAGACAUUUGAUUCAAACUCUGACCAAGAAGGUAUCCUCUGUGAAUCUAAGGAGGGUACUGAAUCUCCAAAUAAACUGGAAAGCUCCAUGAUUUCGAAAGCAAGGAUGAACAAAUUGGAGGAGUUAUCUGGUUUGGAGCAGAGAGGUUCUCCUGAAUCUGGAAGAAGUUUAUCUUGGAAAAGCUGCCCAGAUAGUCCAACUUCUCUCAAAUCGGAGUACAUGGGUCAGGCCAGGAGGAAGCGGAGCAGUUUCAUUUCUAGUGGUGGAUCUUCUUCAAGAAGAAAUUUGGGUAAAUCAUGCCGCCAGCUAAAGCGAAAAGAAACGAGAUCAGGAGCUGAUGAAGUGAGAGGUGAGUCUUUCCAGCAUGAUGCUCAAGGAAGUGGAGAAUCUAAGAGGGUAGGAGUCACUUCCAAUGGCUCUAAAGAUGGAUCAGUGGAGACCACGGAAGACAGAUUUCAAAAUAAGGAAGCGAAAGUGUUUCUUGAAGAUAUGGAAAGGGCACUAGAACAUCAGGCACAGCUCAUUGUUCAAUAUGAAGCAGAAGAAAACGCUCAGAGAGAGUGGGAGGCGAAGUUCACAGAAAAUAUCAACUGUAUUCUGGAUUCAUGUGAACCUGGGAAUCAGUCUGAUAUCACUGAAGAGAGGGAUGAGACAAGGCCAGAAACUGUUGAUCCAGUUGACACGAUUCCAUCGUAUUUCCAAGUGAGGUCAGAGGCAGAAUAUGUUUGUCACAGUGAAGAUGCAGUAGGCAAGCCCCUGGUCAAUGGAGUUGUUCCUACAGUGCAUUCUCAGAUGGGUUGCCUACCGGUUCAACAACAGAGUGGCAGCAGCAGCAGCAUGGUUGAUGAAUUUUCCCCUAGUUUCUCUUUUCCAAGACAUUUGAAAACAGAAAGUAACACCAAGGGGAAGAAAAAAUUGGAGUUGUUGGAGAACUCUCUUCAUCAACCUUUGCAUGGGUCCUCUGAGCAUCAUCCUGUGCAGAAAUCCUCAUCUCAUGCGAAGAAGAGUUUUUGUGAAGUAGAAUCAUCAGUUAGGCAGAACAAACCUCAACCUGUGACGUUACAUGAAACAAAAGAUGGCUUGGAGGGUGUGUUGGAGGCACUUCGACAUGCAAAGUCAUCUCUUAAACAUGAAAUCAAUAUCAAUAGAUUGCCAUUGUCAAGCCAAGGAGGGCCUAUGGUGAGAGCAACAGAUGCUCCUUUUCCGGCAAUUAAGGCCGGGGAUGCCAUGGAGAUUCCAGUUGGAUGUGCCGGGUUGUUCAGAGUACCAAAGGAUUUGAAUGUCGAAACUACUCAUAAUUCACAGAUCAGCUUGCUGGAGCCUUUUUCUGAUUCUCAUCUAAGCUCAACAAGGUAUUAUCCCAAUGUGGGCGUUGGAGGUGUUGCCAGUGAUAAAUACACUGCCAGACUUUACCUGGAGAAUGGGCCAAGUAGUUCUACUCAAAAGUCAUAUAUUGAUCCUUACAUGGACAUGAGCAUGAGACUACCUGCAUCCAGUAGACACACCUAUCCUUCAUACGCAGAUUUGGUCCCGAGAAUGCCUUCUGGCUAUGGUGAUGGAAUUCAAAGACAAUCUAGUGUAGGAACUGCAAUACCUUCUGGCUAUGGUGAUGGAAUUCAAAGACAAUCUAUUGUAGGAACUGCAAUGCCUUCUGGCCAUGGUGAUGGAAUUCAAAGACAAUCUAGUGUAGGAACUGCAAUGCCUUCUGGCUAUGGUGAUGGAAUUCAAAGACAUUCUAGUGUAGGAACUGCAAUGCCUUCUGGCUAUGGUGAUGGAAUUCAAAGACAAUCUAGUGUAGGAACUGCAAUGCCUUCUGGAGAUCAUUAUUACACUUUCCAUGAUCAGAUCAGGCCAAAUAUACGUAGAUAA